AAGGUAUCAUGUUUAAUAGUCAUUAAAAAUUAACAAUAAUUUUAGCACACCUAACUUUAACAAAGUAAUAAUGGCAUUGGACAAUUUAAUAAAUUCAGUGUCAUUGUACGUUCCACGUCAUAUUGUAUUUCAUGGAGCAAUAUUACCAUUUGUCAUUUUAUAUGCUGCAUGGUCAUAUAUUUAUAUUUUUACAUCAGAUUUUAUUGAUCUUUAUUUCUUUGGUAUUUUAACCAUUGCAAUUGCUCAAAUAUUGUGCUCUCUCUGUUGUUAUUGGUCUGUAUCAUUCAGGUGUUUAGUAUCUUGUAGAUAUGUAUCUAAUCCACAUGAAGCUACAUUAGUUAAAGUCAUUCCAACUCCUAAUAAUGGAUUUACUGAAUUAGUGCUUUUAAAAUCUUAUAAGGAUGAGAAUAAAGAUAAAGUGAUAUGGUUUAAGUACCAAGAAAUUAAAUAUAUAUGGUGUGAUGAUAAAAAAUAUUUUCGCUCUGUAGAAUUUCCUAUUUCAAAAACUAUAUCUGAAUAUACAAAUAGUAAAGGUUAUGAUUCUGAUGAGCAACUUAGUAAUGCUAUUCAGCUGUAUGGGCGCAACCAAUUAAAUAUUCAAUUACCUAAGUUCAAUGAUUUGUUCAUUGAAAGAGCAACUGCUCCAUUCUUUGUAUUCCAAGUGUUUUGUAUCACAUUAUGGUGUUUUGAUAAAUAUUGGUAUUAUUCAUUAUUUACUUUAGCAAUGUUAGUAUUAUUUGAGUGUACUUUAGUGAAACAACAACUUCGUAAUAUGGAAGAAAUCCGUAAUAUGGGAAAUAAGCCAUUUUCAUUAAAUGUUUAUCGUAAUAAAAAAUGGCAUUCAAUUCUCAGUGAUGAAUUAACUCCAGGUGAUUUAGUUUCAGUUACACGUGCUUAUAAUGACCGCACUGUUCCGUGUGAUAUGAUAUUACUAAGAGGUUCAUGUAUUGUAGAUGAAAGUUUACUUACUGGUGAAUCAAUACCACAGAUGAAAGAACCAAUUGAAAAUAUUGCUGACCACAGUAGAAAUUUUGAUUUUGAAUCAGAUAAGAAAUUACACAUUUUAUUUAGUGGUACAAAAGUGGUGCAACAUACUCCUCCUGCAAAAGCCACAUCCAAUAUUCGUGCCCCUGAUAAUGGAUGUAUUGCAUAUGUUCUUCGAACAGGUUUCAAUACAUCUCAAGGAAAUUUAUUACAAACUAUAUUAUUUGGAGUUAAACAUGUUACAGCAAACAAUAUGGAAACAUUAGCAUUUAUUUUAUUUUUACUUAUUUUUGCAAUUGCUGCAGCUUCUUAUUUAUGGAUUAAAGGAACAGAAGACCCAAAUCGUAGUCGAUAUAAAUUGUUCCUUGAAUGUACACUUAUACUUACAUCUGUUAUACCACCUGAGUUACCUGUAGAAUUAUCUUUGGCUGUAAAUUCUUCAAUUUUAUCAUUAUCUAAACUUGGUAUCUAUUGCACAGAACCUUUCCGUAUUCCAUUUGCUGGCAAAGUCGAAAUAUGUUGUUUUGAUAAAACUGGCACUUUAACAAAAGAUGAUUUAAUUGUUGAAGGUAUUGCUGGUAUCGAAAAAGAUAUGGUUCCAAUGAAUGAGGCUCCAGAACAUACUAUUCAAGUUCUUGCGUCCUGUCAUUCACUAGCUCAAUUAGAGGAAACAUUAGUUGGAGAUCCUAUUGAAAAAGCUGCAUUAAAUGCAAUAAAUUGGUCAUUGUCAAAAAGUGAUUUUAUUAUACCAAAAAAAGCUAAAAUGGCACCUUUAAAAAUAUUUAAUAGAUUUUAUUUUUCUUCUUCUCUUAAAAGAAUGUCUGUCUUGGCUGCUUAUAAAUGUCUUAAAACUGAUAAUAAAACAAUAUAUAUUGCUAGUGUUAAAGGAGCUCCUGAAGUAUUGAAAUCAAUGUUACAAACAAUUCCAGAAAAUUAUGAUAGUACUUAUUUAGAAUUAGCUGGUCGUGGAGCUAGAGUUCUUGCACUUGCAAGAAAAGAAAUGAUGGUUGAUCCAAAUAAUUUAAAAUCUUUAACACGUGAUGAAUUAGAAUGUGAUUUAAUUUUUGUUGGUUUUGUUGUUGUUUCAUGUCCGUUGAAACGUGAUUCUCACAGUGUAAUCAAAGAACUUUUGAACUCUUCUCACAUGGUAACUAUGAUUACUGGAGAUAAUGCAUUAACAGCUUGUUAUGUAGCAAAUGAACUGAACUUUACUAGAUCUCCUAGUCAUAUUAUUCUAACGUUAGCUGAUACUAAUGGUAAAUGGAGUUGGGUGAGUGAUAGUUAUAAGAUAGAUGUACCAUUGAGUGAAAGUUUGAAAGACUUAGUUGAAUCUUAUGACUUAUGUUUAACGGGUGAUGGUUUAUCAUACCUUGAUCAGAAUCAUAAUGAUCUAUUGAAAAAAAUAUUACCACAUGUUUGCGUAUUUGCUAGGGUUGCACCUAAAGAGAAAGAAUUUAUUGUAGUAACAUUAAAAGAACUAGGAUUUUCUACUUUGAUGUGUGGGGAUGGAACAAAUGAUGUUGGUGCAUUAAAGCAUGCUCAUGUUGGUAUUGCUCUACUAGCAGGUACUAAAGAAAAACUUAAAGUGAAACGAAAUCCACAUACUAUUAAAUCUAGAAAACCAGGAGAACAUGUUGCAGACCAAAUGAAAAGAUUAAUGAAAGAAAUGGAUGAAGAAUCAGUUACUGUUGUUAAAUCUGGAGAUGCUAGUAUUGCAGCGCCAUUUACUAGUAAAUAUUCAUCUGUAACUAGUGUUUGUCAUGUCAUAAAGCAAGGUCGCUGUACAUUAGUUACAACAUUACAAAUGUUUAAAAUUCUUGCAUUGAAUGCUUUAAUUGCUGCUUAUAGUCAAUCUGUACUUUAUGUUAAAGGUGUAAAAUUUAGUGAUUCUCAAGCAACAUUACAAGGUUUAUUAUUGGCAGCAUCUUUUUUGUUUAUUUCAAGAUCUAAACCAUUAAAGGUUUUAUCAAAAAAAAGACCACUUCCUAAUAUAUUUAAUGUUUAUACUAUUUCAACAGUAUUAUUACAAUUUGUUAUACAUUUUAUGAGCUUAGUAUUCCUGGUUCAAGAAGCUGGACUACACUCUGAAGAAAAUUCCAGAAACCAUUCUCAAAAUAUAGAUGAUCUAGAUUUAGUUAAUAUUAAUCUAACGGAUACAAAUUCUACAAGUUUUAAUAUUGAAAGUGAAUUUAAACCAAAUGUUGUUAAUAGUGCAGUUUUUAUAAUAUCUAUGGCAUUACAAAUUUUCACUUUUUCUAUUAAUUAUAGAGGACGUCCUUUCAUGGAAAAUUUUAUUGAAAAUAAACCAUUAUUUUACAGUACUUUAGGCACUAUUGCAAUAAUAUUGAGUUUAAGUACUGGUUUUAUUGAUGGAUUAAAUGAACAAUUUGAAAUAGUUCAAUUUCCUUACAAUUUUCGAGUAAUUUUAAUUGGUGUUCUUUCAUUGGAUUUUAUUGGUUCUUACAUAAUAGAUCGAAUUUGUUUAUGGCUUUUUGGAGAAGGGAAAUUUAAAAAAGCGACUAUAUAAAAAAACUUUUAGUUACAAUGAUAUUUUAAUAUAUAUAAAAUACAAAAUAUUUUAUACUUUUAUUACUCAGUUAUUUGAGUAAUAACUAAUAAAAUAUAUUACUAUGCUUGUUAAUGAUUAUGUAUAAACACCAAUGUAAAUUGAUACAUUAUUAAAUUUUUGGAUUUAUUAAUUUUUUUUUCUUUACCUCAGUGAUAAUAAAAUUAUUUAAUAACAUUUCAAUUAAUUUAAUCUUUACUUUAUAAUUCUUUGUUGAAUUAAUUAUUUAAUACUGUGUAAAUUAAUUUAAAGUUUGAGUGUAAAAAAGUUAUCAGUGUAAUAUAUGUUUCAAAUUGUAUAACCAAUUAUUAUACUAUAUAAAUAUUGUAUAUCAAAAUAUUGUGUGUUAAUUUGUUUUAUUUGUAAAAUAAAUUAUUAUUUAUGUACAUUUCAUUUAAUAUUAAAAUUAAAUAAGCUAAUGGUCCAUAAAAACAUAAUAUUAUAUUAUUUAAAUAAUAACCUUAUUAUUGUUUGAA